AUGCUCUCCAAGGCGCUGCUCUUCAACGAGUCGGUGAUUGCCCUCGACAUUGGCUGCAAUGCCAUGUCGGACAAGGAGCUCGAGAUCAUUGCGAUUCAGCUCGAAGAGAACCGACUUGUCCACGACCGGAUGCAAGCCAAAGUGUAUGCGCUCAAAAAGCAAGUGGCCGCCGACGCGGACGCCAAGUACGACGCCAAGUGCGCACUCGAGAAGGCCGAGGCGAUCGCCAAGUGGCACGACGACAACGCGGCCGCGCGCCACGCCCAGUACGAGCGCGACGCGAUUGACGCCGCGCGGCGCAAGUGCGAAGAGCACGCGCGCAUCCAAAAGCAAAUCGCCGAGAAGGAGGUCGCGCGCAAGUGGCAGGAGGAGGACGCGCGCUUGAAAGCCGAAGCCAAAGCCAAGAAGAAGAAAAAGUAGCCACAAUGUUGCGAUAGACGAGCACGAUCAAUGUGAAGAGGAG